AUGUCUGUGACCGUGCCGGAAUUCGAUUUCAGAUUGACGCCUCGAUUUGGUUUUUCGCCGAUCGGGGAGCAGAGUUUCGCCGAUGCCGAUAAUCUGGAGCACUGUGUAAAGUACUUAAAUCAGAGCUUAGUCACUUACGGAUUCUCUGCCUCGCUCGACCUCUUCGCUGCCGAUCCUGUUUCGAUUGCGAGAACUUGCAAUUGCAUAUACGCUUUGAUUCAGCAGAGGCAACGAGAUGUGGAAUUCAGAGAAUCCUCUAAUGAUCAGAGACAACGGCUUACGUCCGACAUGGCGAGGCUCGAGGCAAAAGUUGAGAGGCUUGAGACUCAGUUGCAAGCAAAGGAGAGGGAACUUGGUUCGCUCACAAGAACGGAAGCCAAGAAUUCAGCGGCUUUAAAGGCGCAGAAUGAGAAGCUACAGAAAGAGAGAGAUGAGUUUCAGCGGAUGGUGAUUGUUAACCAGCAAGUCAAGACUCAGCAAUUACAUGAGACGAAGAAAAAAGAAAAAGAGUACAUAAAGCUACAGGAGAGGUUAAACCAAGUGUUGAUGGAGAAAAAGAAGGAAACGAGAUCAGGCAUGGAGAUCAUGAAUCUACUCCAGAAAGAAGGGAGACAGCGUGGAACAUGGACCGGGAAGAAAACUGAUUCCGAUUUCUACAAAAAGAUUGUGGAUGCAUAUGAGGCUAAAAACCAAGAACUCAUGGCAGAGAACACUGAUUUGAGAGCGUUACUGCGAUCCACGCAGGGAGACAUGCGUUCUUUCUUGAACGCUAAUGGAAGACAGAGCUUAGACCCUUGUCAGUCUCCUUUGGGAGGGAAGACGGACGUGUUCGAGCUACCUUUUCGUAUGGCUCGAGGUCAAAUAGAAGAUAGUUUACGCUCUAAGAUGGUUUCCAUCAAGGAACGUAUGGGUCAAUUAGUAGACGCACAAAAAGAAGUGACCAUUACUUCAGAAGCGUCAGAGAGGGAACUUGAACUUGAAGCACAAUUAGUCGAGGCACGCAGCAUAAUUCAAGAACAGGAAUCUAUAAUGUCUAAACAUUUACCUAAGACGGAUCGGAGAAGGAACUCAGCUCCUCCACAGUCUGUCAAUGGACUUCGUGGAUGA